UUCUCUUUCAUUUAAACUCCAAAAAAAGCAGUUUUUGAAACCCCAAAUCAGGUGCCACUCUUUCUUCUCUUUGGCGGCGAAACAACAAUCAAUCGUCAAUGUUUCUGUCUCUAAGACCUUAACAAGAAAAUUGCAGAGGAAGAUCCAAUUUUGAGUUUAAUGUUUCACCUCCUGUGGGUCUUCAAUUCUAAGAAUCUCAGACUAAAAUUCUUCCCUCAAACACUUAAAUGGGUUUCCACUUCAGCCACCAAACCCCCUCCUUCAGAAGACCCACAACACUUCAUUAGUAUUUUCUUCAAUGCAAGACAAAACCACAACCACUACGAAUGCGAGCUUGCACUUGUUUCCGCUCUCAAGUGUUGUUCCUCAUUCUCCGCCGCUCCUUUGGGCCGCCAGUUCCAUUCCUUGGUCGUCAAACUCGGAUUCCAUUCCAACACCUUCAUUCGUAACAGCUUGAUCAGCAUGUACUCUAAAUGCGGCUCCUUAUUCGAUGCCCAGUUGCUCUUUAAGGCUUGUCCUACGUUGGACCCUGUUUCUUGUAAUAUCAUGGUGUCUGGGUACAUGAGAGCUAGCCAAAUUGGCUGUGCCCGCCAACUGUUUGACGUAAUGCCUGGUAAAGGUUUUGUAUCCUAUACCACCAUGAUAAUGGGUCUUGUUAAAAAUGGUUGCUUUGGGGAUGCCCUUGAGGUUUUUAAGGACAUGAUGGAUCACAGUGUGGUCCCUAAUGAGGUCACUUUGGUGAAUGUAGUGUCUGCUUGCUUACAUUUUGGUGAGAUAUGGAACUGCCGGAUGGUUCACGCAUUGAUUAUUAAGUUGGUUGUUGAGGGGCAGGUAGUUGUCUCGACUAAUUUGAUGCAUGCUUAUUGUGGUUGUUUGGGUUUAGGGGAAGCGAGGAGGCUGUUUGAUGAGAUGCCUGAGCCUAAUUUGGUGUCCUGGAAUGUGAUUUUGAAUGGGUAUUCAAAGGCGGGGCAUCUUGAGAUAACCAAGGAGUUGUUUGAGAGGAUUCCUGAUAAGGAUGUUGUUUCUUGGGGGACGAUGAUCGAUUGUUGCAUCCAAACAACUUGUUUGCAUGAAGCUUUGGUGAUGUAUCGUGCAAUGCUUCAGAAUGGAAUAGGGCCUAAUGAAGUCAUGGUUGUGAAUUUGGUUUCAGCAUGUGGUCGUGAGACAGCAGUCAGUGAAGGUCGGCAAUUGCAUGGAACAGUUGUUAAGAAAGGAUUUGACUGUUACAAUUUCAUACAGACUACGAUCAUCUAUUUUUAUUCAUCUUGUGGGAUGAUGGACCUUGCCAAUUUACAAUUUGAAGUGGGUGUAAAGGAUCACCUAAAAUCAUGGAAUGCUCUUAUUGCUGGAUUCAUAAAAAAUAAAAUGAUGGAGCAGGCAAGGCAAAUCUUUGAAGAGUUGCCCGAAAGAGACGUAUUUUCGUGGAGUACAAUGAUUGCUGGCUAUGCACAAACUGAACAACCAAGAGUGGCUCUUGAUCUCUUCCACAAAAUGAUAGCUAGUGGGGUCAAACCAAAUGAAGUUACCAUGGUGGGUGUAUUUUCCGCAAUUGCCACUCUAGGUGCAUUGAAUGAAGGAAGAUGGGCCCAUGAGUACACUACUAGUGAAUGCAUUCCUUUGAAUGGCAAUUUAUGUGCAGCCAUGAUUGACAUGUAUGCAAAAUGUGGGAGCAUCAACACCGCCUUACGAUUUUUCAAUCAGAUUCGAGACAUUGUGUCUACCGUGUCUGCAUGGAAUGCAAUUAUAUGUGGAUUAGCAUCACACGGACAUGCAAGUAUGUGCCUAGAGGUUUUUUCUGAUUUGCAUAGGUAUGGUAUUAAGCCCAAUCCAAUUACAUUUAUAGGAGUCCUUAGUGCUUGUUGUCAUGCUGGGCUGGUGGAUCAUGGGCGGAGAAUAUUUCGAAGCAUGAAGAGUGUAUAUAAUGUCGAACCAGAUAUCAAGCAUUAUGGCUGUAUGGUUGAUCUCCUCGGAAGAGCUGGGUUAUUAGAAGAAGCUGAAGAACUAAUAAGGAGCAUGCCAAUAGAGGCUGACGUCGUAAUAUGGGGAACUUUAUUAGCAGCAUGCAGAACUCACGGAAAUGUAGAUAUUGGAGAGAGGGCUGCACAGAGCUUAGCCGGGGUGGCACCAUCUCAUGGUGGAGGUAAAGUUCUCCUAUCGAACAUAUACGCAGAUGCAGGAAGGUGGGAAGAUGUAUCAUUGGUAAGAAGAGUAUUGUGGAGUCAGAGAAUGGAAAGAAUGCCUGGGUUCAGUGGUGUUGUAAGAUAGUUAAAGAAAUUUCCAUACACAUUGUUUUUGCUAAUUUAUCCAAUGAAUAUGCUGAACUUUUCAGUAGGUUUUCCUUUUAGAAAUCAUCACUGAGCCGUUUUUAUAUAUUGUCUAGAGCUCCUUAACAAUUUUGAUUCAAGUAUAUAUUUAUAUAUGAGCAUCAAAAUAAUAUUUUCUUUUACUUCAAGUUCAUUGCAAAUUUACUUUGUAAUUUGUAACUUUGGAACCUAGAAAGAGUUUAAGGGGAAUUAGGAACAGUAGAUUACUUUUUUUCCCCACUGUUGGAAGUUAAAACAUGAUAAGAUUGCUAAUACAAACCAAGGUGGACCAACUUCUUGCAAGAUGUUGUGUAUAGAAAUGCUUUUAACGAUGAAGGUUUAGGUAUAGUUCUCUCUGAUACUUAGGCCCCAACCAGAGGAAAAGUUUAAAAGUAAAAUGAUCGCUUUUCAUGCCCUUUGAUAAUUUAUAUGGUGAUGUAAAAUUUUAUCCCUUGUCCAUGUAUUCUAUAUCAACGAUUGUCUUUCACUCCUUUGGUACAUUCACAUGAUUGUAUUAAUAAUUUAAUAUACAAUCA